ACCUGCUGAAAGAGAUGCACCAGGAUGAACUCGGCCGCAUUUCUGAAGAUUUGGAGGAUGAACUGGGAGCUCGAACUAGUAUGGACAAGAAACUAGCUGAACUUCGAGCUGAGAUGGAGAGGCUGCAGGUAGAGAAUGCUGCUGAGUGGGGACGCAGAGAACGUUUGGAGACAGAGAAACUGGCCCUAGAGCGGGACAACAAGAAACUGAGGGCUCAAGCUGAAGACCUGGAGGAGCAAUUGGCUAAAAAACGCCGGCAGGCAGCCUCUGCACUCGACAUCGACCUUAAGGCCAUCCAGAGUGAACUGUUCGAGAGAAACAAGGUGGGCAUGAUGAUCCUUUUUGAGACAUCCCAGUGUCUGCUCCAUGACCGUUAG